AUGUGCCGCCCCUCCCCUCCCACCCAGCGACGAGGCAGGAAGAGCGCAGCGGAGACCAGUGAACAACAAGCCGAAGGGAGGACGAUAUCAACCACCUAGCGUGUGAAUGGAGCAGUGCGCGAGCACCGCCUCUCUCCUGGCCUCCGUGCGGGAGCAGGAGAGGCAGUUUGAGAUGCUGAGCCGCGCCCUGGAGGACGAGCGCAGGUCGUGCGCGGGCACCCUGCCACGCCCCCUCCCCCCCGCCAUGCAGAACGGCCGUGUACCCUGUGAUGCGGACAUAGAGAGGCUCACUCUGAACGAGAGUUACAUCAACGGAACACAUCACUUCAGGAUGGAGCCUGCUCAGGUGAUGCAGGAGUCGUUCACGGUGGAGGAGGACCCCCAGCAUUCUUCGCCGGUGGUUUCCGUGGAGACCAAUGAAGACGGGACAACGCGGCGCACCGAAACCACGGUUAAGAAGAUGGUGAAGACGACCACCACCAGGACGGUCAUGCCCUCCGUGUCCGACACCAUGUCCCUGGACGGCGGGGGCUCGGUCACGGGCGGGGGCUACCCCCAGCCCAUGUGCUACCGGCAGCCCGCCGGGGGGCCCGACUACCCCACCUACACCGUCCCCCGGAACUACCACUACGGCCCCCCGGGGGCGGCGGCGGCGGCGGGGGGCGGCUAUGAGGACUACCGCGGACCCCCCCCCACUGACAACUACACCAGCCUGAGCAGAGGGGCGCGCAUGGACGACCGCUACAGACCCGUCCACCCAGAAGGCUACAGGACACUGGACCCCAGCUACAGAGCGGCCAGCAGGAACCAGUUGGACCCCUACGCUGCGCAGCCUCAGGUGGGACGUAUGGGCAGUGCGUUGGAGCUCUCCGGCAUGCAGCGGUUCGUCCCGGAGCCGUACGGCCUGGAGGACGACCAGCGCAGCAUGGGCUACGACGAGCCCGACUACGGGAUGGGCAUGCCGGCCAUCCACUACAGCACCGUGCCCCGCAACCACAACGUGUACACCCCCCAGGGACCCCCGCGCAGGACCGGGAGCUACGAGGGCCAGCUGGACGGGGCCUCCGACAUGUACUACUGGGGCCAGGGGGCCCCAAUGGCCCAGGGGGAGCGCGGCAGCAUGGCGUCCCUGGACAGCACCCUGCGGAAGGGCCCCGGUCCCGGGCCCGGGGGCUGGCGCCAGCCGGAGCUCCCGGAGGUCAUCGCCAUGCUCAACUACAGGCUGGACCCGGUCAAGAGCAACGCCGCCGCCUUCCUGCAGCACCUCACCUUCAAGAACGACAAGAUGAAGACCGAGGUGCGUCGAAUGAAGGGCAUCCCGGCUCUGGUGGCGAUGCUGGACAACCCCAACAAAGAGGUCCACCACGCGGCGUGCGGAGCGCUGAAGAACAUCUCCUACGGCCGGGACGCCGAGAACAAGAUCGCCAUCAAGAACUGCGACGGCGUCCCCGCCCUGGUGCGGCUGCUGAGGAAGACCCACGACCAGGACCUCACCGACACCAUCACCGGCACGCUGUGGAACCUGUCGUCCCACGACUCGGUGAAGAUGGAGAUCGUGGACCACGCGUUGCACGCCCUGUCCGACGAGGUGAUGGUGCCGCGCUCGGGCUGGGAGCGGAGCGCCAACGGGGCGGGCGGCGGCGAGGAGAACUGCAAGCCGCGACACCUGGAGUGGGAGACGGCGCUCACCAAUACGGCCGGCUGUCUGAGGAAUGUGAGUUCUGAGCGGAGCGAGGCCAGGAGGAAGCUGAGGGAGUGCACGGGACUGGUGGACUCGCUCAUGUACAUCGUCCAGUCGCAGAUAGAGUGUAAACAUGUGGACAACAAGUUGAUAGAGAACAGCGUGUGUCUGCUGAGGAACCUGUCCUAUCACGUGCACCGGGAGAUCCCGGGCUGCGAGCGCUACCAAGAGGCCCUGCCCAUCAACCAGGGCCCAGCCCCCAGUGCCCAGAAGGCGGGCUGCUUCAGCUCGCGCAAGGGCAAAGAGGAGUGGUUUUCCAAAGGUAAACAGGACGAAGACGGGACCGCCGACAUGAUUGACAUUCCCAAGAGGACCACUCCCGCUAAAGGCUACGAGCUGCUAUUCCAGCCAGAGGUGGUGCGGAUCUACACCUCCCUGUUGAAGGAGUCCCAGAACCCCAUCGUGCUGGAGGCUUCGGCCGGGGCGGUGCAGAACGUCUGCGCGGGGCGCUGGACUUACGGCCGGUACAUCCGCGCCCUCCUUCGCCAGGAGAAGGGUCUGCCCAUGAUGACAGAGCUGCUGGCCCACAGCAACGACCGCGUGGUGCGGGCCAUGUCCGGAGCCCUCCGCAACCUGGCCAUCGACGCCCGCAACCGGGACCUCCUAGGGAAGCACGCCGUGCCCCACCUGGUGGCCAACCUGCCGGGCGGCGGUCAGAGCCAGCCGGUGCGGGCGCUCUCGGAGGAGACGGUGGUGUCGGUGCUCAGCACGCUCCACGAGGUGCUGGGCUCCAGCCUGGAGGCGGCCAAGACCCUCAGGGCCUCUCAGGGCAUCGAGAGGCUGGUCCUCAUCAACAAGGACGGGAACCGCUCUGAGCGGGAGGUGCGCGGGGCCGGCCUGGUGCUUCAGACGGUGUGGGGCUACAAGGAGCUGCGGCGCACCCUGGAGAAGGACGGCUGGAAGAAGACGGACUUCAUGGUGAACCUGAGCCUGCCCCCCAGCGGCACGCGGCCCAACGGCUCGUACGAGGACAGCACGUUGCCGCUCAUAGAGAAAGGAGCGAAAGGGGACCCAGAGAGAGACAUGAUUCCUAUGAAUGACUUGGGACCAGACGCCUACUCCACAAUUGACCAAAGAGGGAGAAGGAAUACCCUGGACGACACACUCGGACCUGCUGAUAAAUCUGCACAGGGAGGGAUGUAUGGGGAGAGGCAGGCCAGUUUGCCUCUUCUGGAUUCUUAUGAUGAAAAACUGAUCGUGUGCAUCACUAGACGACAGCCACCUGCCACUUACUGCCCGUGCUAAACUAAAACAACCGUGGGACCACAGCCACUACAACUACUAUCACCACGACCACGACCACGACCACUACAGACCACCACCUGAACACCACUCCCUAAACCAGUCUCUCUCGGUGUCCCUCUUAACUUCACCCCCGUUCCGGGCACCAUCUCUCCCACUGUCUCCCUCCUACCCUCAUCCUCCCAGUUUACAUUCCUCCGUCGAACCUGAAAGACUGACGACGUAAACCACUGAUUGAGCUCGGCCUCAAGACCGCUGGCGACUCUACUCUUCCCCCUGUGGACUUUAUGACAUUAUGACCACUUCAACUUCCUCUCCCCCCCCCCCCCCCCCAACCUUACCCCCAACCUGACCGCAAAUCCACACCCCCACUACCAAGAGCGACGCUUAGGAAGUCUAGGCUUUAUGGAGUUCAGGACGACCAAGCAUACACUACAUUUUGCCAAAUUCAUCAAAAGGGAACUAUUUUGGAACGGCACCGAGGCAAACUUUGAAAAAUAGGUGUUAGAAAUUACUUUAAAAAAUAACAAACGCUUGUGGUGAGUUUUGGUGUUGUUAAGGUUGAUUUGUGAAACCGAUUUCUACCCCCCCGAUUCCGAUGUGUGCGUAUUGAGAUAUCUGUGAUGCUUCGACUUCUUCUUUGACAGUGGUUGUUUUAACUUUUUGCUUCGCAUAGUACUACAGUUAACAACAUAUUGCCAAACAAAACUGCUUCUGCUGCGAUUGUUUUUACACUAUUAUAUCCACAGGACUUUCUCUCCACACCCACACUCUUAAGUUGCAGUUACACUGAAAGACAUCUCACUCUUCAUUAUGCCUGUGGGGGAGAAAAACGUGAAUUGGGUGUGAAUUCUGCAUUUUCUAAAUGUUAUUGUCAAUGAAAGACCAAAGGGGUAGAGUUGUUAAUAUUGGGAGCUUCGGAACAGCGCCCAGAUUGGAAUCUGGGUGCUGGUAAUCUGGUAAAUAAAUUUACCAGAUUGCAUAGGCCAGACACACAAUUCUCUGCCUUAUUAGAUUAGCUUGUGAAGUCUGCCCUAUGUGAUAGAUUUCUAAUGAUUUUAUAUCGCAUAAGAACUGUUCUUCUGAUUCUUGGGAGGUGUUGAAAUGAAUUUGAUUGUUCAAUGAGUGCAUUUAUUUUUUAUCUGCAGAUCUAUAUUAUGAAUGUGUAAAUACGAGACUGACGCUUAACAUAAUGUCUGCGUGGGCUAACUGGAUAUACCUCCCUGGUUCACGAAAGGGGUCGAUGGGUAACCAAUCAGUAUGUUCUGCUUCGUUGGAAGAGAGUGUGGAACUCCGUUCUAUAUUCCACGUGGUAUUGGAAUGUACAAGUCUGUUUGUUAAAGGCUGUUUUUCAAUGUCAUAGACUUCAAAAAAAUUAAAAGAGAAUAGAAUUACACAUUGCUUGAGUUCAGUGGAACCCUUUGCCCCAGAGGGCAAGUUUGAUUCCUGGAUCUUGGCUUGUGGUAGACCACACCUUAAGCAGUACGUGGGAAAGGACGCGUUACACAUAACGUGGGCCAGCCUGCGUUUCUUUAGUGCCGUGCCUGUUCUCUAGAGAAGAACGCAUAAUCUUAGUGUUGAGAUGUAGAUAUUGAGUGGACAAUUUAACUAAACAAAAAGCACUAGGGGGUAUAAUGUAUUUUUUUUUCUUCGUUUUAUUUUCAUUAUGCCAAUUAAACACUACAGAGUAAUCCCUUUUCUACACACAAAAUUGUCCCCCUGGUGUUUUAAGGGUGAACUAAGAUUGUACUUCAACUGCAGAUGACAGUAUGGGUGACCUGCAGGGAGGGGGAAUUAACAUUAAUUAGACUUUAUUUCAACAAAAGUAGGCGUUCACCAUUAUUUUGAUUAUUCUGCAUAUAAGAGGAUUUAGAAUAAAGCACAUUCAAACACUACAUACUAUACAAGAGAAUAUUUGCAAAUUUUGUUUUAUCUAUUGUUUUUAUACUUUGAUUUUGGUUUAAUUUUGUUGGGUGCUUUGGGUGAAUGCAUAUGCAAUCCGUUUUUAUGUUUGAUAAAAUGCAUUUGUAGUUUAUAUAUUUUAAUUAAAUACAACAAACCCUUAAAUAUAUAUAAAUAUUCAUCUUUUCUCAUUCAUCGAUUACUGUAACACUAAUCACAAGCUGAUUCUGAAAUAAACCUUAAUUUCUUUACCAUGGCCUUUAAAGUUGCACAUUUUACAUUCAAAUUGAAAUAUGUAACUCUAAAUACAUUUUUAUAUAUAAAUAAAGGAUGAUUUUUCUGA